AAGAGAGGAUCGAACCUUGUUUUGGAAAAUGAUAGAGUCAGAUGCAAGAGAACAGCGAGGAAAACGCUUGUCAACGGAAAUGCCUAAACCAGUGUCCGCCGGCUACCAUCAAGGGUUUACAAGAGGUAAGGUUUGAGGAAAUGCCCUAUUCUGGAUGAUCCGUCGGGCUGAUGUGGUUUCGCUUACACAGACAGUGCAAACGGAAAUUCAAACGAUGGCGUGCAAUAUAGAGAGGAGGGCAGCGACGGUCUAGACCAGGAUAUGGUGAGUUGAACACACAAUUGGUCUAUGUGGACAAAAUCCAGGAUACCCAUGGAUGCAUCGGUCCUGAAUGAACUUCAACACUACCAGAGCCCAGACGAUAGAUCUAUGAGGGUCGAUGUCACCACCCCACCUUCUCAAGACACAUUCCAAUCCCAUACCCCCACUUCCUUUACAGGAUAAUUUCCCUCGAUCCAUGGCUCACCGCGCGCCUCUCUAGCCUGCAUCGGCAUGUUCUUUCUGCUCGAUCAGCGCCUCCUCCGUCAUUCAACUGCGCUUUCCCAUACAGUGUAGUCAUUCCCUUUCAAAUCGCUGUAACCUAUCUGUUUAUCGCAAUUCAUCCUUUUUGCACUCUAGUAAAAAAGUAAACAGCACAUACCAAAAAAUAUUAUUCUAUGUACAUUGGGGGGUAACUGUAAACUAUUGGUUCUUGGACACUUGUUUUUCAAGCUGAUUCUGCUUGGCUUUGUACGAACUAGUCACCUCGUUGCGGUCUGGUGCCCGGAAAAAAAUAUUCGAUCCAUGCACUUUGCGUUCAUAUACAGCCUGCGAGGUGUGAGUGGAAAUAGAGUGUGGUUUUGCGGAACUGGGUAUACUUACUGCUGAGGGCUUGAGAGACGACAAUUCGCUUUGAAUCACUGCGAUUUCCUUCAACU